AUGUCUACAGACACAGUACCCCCCAACAAUAACACCAACGCCGAAAUGUACACACGCAACAGACGAGGAUCUAUCACCCAGGCUGCAUUGACCAAUCUCUUUCAAAGAGGCAACUCGGUUCCCAACAGCAACGGCUUUCCAAAUCAGUCCUCGGGUCCAGUCGACACUAGUCGUCGACGUCUCUCCGUGACCACACUUGGUCUAUCGGGCACUUCGCCCACAAACACCUCUUUCAUUCGUCGAGGCAGCAUGUCGACAAACUCCAACAACUCGGAUUCUAUUGAUGAGAGUGCCAUUGAAGAUGACGACAUGUACUCCAAGACUGCACCCACAACACCAUUCGUUCGACGAAUGAGCUUUGGCACUUCGAACAUGCGCAACAUUCGCCCAAAUGGAAGCCCUGGCAAUGACCAGCAGGGUUUCAACUGGUCCGAGCAGCUUAGAUCUCGUGCCGAGAGUUCCGUCAUCGGUGCUCCUCGGGCUUCCUUCUCGCUCGCCUCCUCCUCCCCACCCCGGGGCUCCAUUCACGACCGCGCGAAAUCUGUUUCUGAGAUGCCGCAGCCUCCUGCCCAGGCUUCUUCUGUCAAGCAGCCGCCGAGACAGCCUGAAAGACCAAAGCCUGAUGCCUUUCAGGAGAGAAUUUUGAAGGGUGAUUUCUACAUGGACUGA